AGCUCAACCAAACUUCCGGCACACUUACUAAGUAACAACCUACAGCGGCUAAGAAAAACAAUGUUGAAAUACUUUCCCAGUGUGUAACAUUUCAGCUUAAAGGAUUGGAUUUAAUUUGUGUGUGUGCGUAUUCUUUUACAUAAAAAAAUGCCACGUAUUAUGAUAAAAGGUGGUGUCUGGAGAAACACCGAGGAUGAAAUUCUCAAGGCGGCUGUGAUGAAAUAUGGCAAAAACCAAUGGGCUAGAAUUGCUUCAUUGCUUCACAGAAAAUCUGCAAAACAGUGUAAAGCAAGAUGGUAUGAAUGGUUGGACCCCAGCAUUAAAAAAACAGAAUGGAGCAGAGAAGAGGAAGAGAAACUGCUUCAUUUGGCAAAGCUUAUGCCCACCCAGUGGAGAACCAUUGCUCCCAUUAUUGGCAGGACAGCAGCCCAGUGCUUGGAACACUAUGAAUAUUUACUAGACAAGGCACAGAACAGAGAAGCUGACAACGAAGAUGAUCCCAGGAAACUCAAACCUGGAGAGAUUGACCCAAACCCUGAGACCAAGCCAGCUCGACCUGAUCCAGUUGACAUGGAUGAAGAUGAGCUGGAAAUGCUGUCAGAAGCCAGGGCCAGGCUUGCCAACACUCAAGGUAAAAAGGCAAAAAGAAAGGCUCGUGAAAAGCAGCUGGAGGAAGCAAGACGUUUAGCUGCAUUACAGAAACGAAGAGAAUUGAGGGCUGCUGGUAUUGCUGUGAAACAGAAGCGUAGAAAGAAGAGAGGUGUAGACUACAAUGCAGAAAUUCCUUUUGAGAAACGGCCAGCUCCUGGUUUUUAUGACACCUCACAGGAAGUCUUUGAUCCGCUUAACCCAAACUACAAACGCUUACGUCAGCAGAAUUUAGAUGGGGAUCUACGAAGAGAGAGAGAAGAGAAAGAGAGAAAGAAAGAUAAAGCUAAACAGAAAAAGAGAAAAGAAAAUGAUUUACCUGGAGCUAUUGCAAGUCAAGCAAAUUUCCAAGAACCAGUGAAGAAGAGAAGUAAAUUGGUUCUACCAUCACCACAGAUUUCAGAAGAGGAGUUGGAAGAGGUGAUUAAAGUAGGUCAGGCUAACGAGUAUGCUCGACAGCAGGUUGAAGAGUCAGGGAGAGAGGAUUCUGCUUCCAAGGGCCUUCUUCAGAAUUAUAAUGUCACUCCUGGAGGAGUGAAUUUCCGCACUCCUAGAACACCAGCUGUCCAAGACAGUAUCUUACAAGAAGCACAGAAUAUUAUGGCUUUAACAAAUGUUGAUACCCCACUGAAGGGAGGCUUGAACACACCCCUGCAUGACAGUGAUUUCAGUGGAGUGACUCCACAGCGUCACGUCAUGUCCACACCAAACACCGUUCUAGGUACCCCUAUGAGAACACCAGGUCGCCCUGACACAGGUCUGACGCCUAGACCAGGGAUGAGACCCAAUACUGACCAGUCCACUCCUAUGUCCACACCACUCAGAGACAAACUGAACAUCAACGAGGAUGACGAAAUGGUUGACAGUGGAUUUUAUCAGACCAACCAAUUGGACCAGCUAAGACGGGGUCUGGCUGGUCUACCUGCUCCCAAGAACGACUAUGAGAUAGUUGUGCCGGAAGAUGAGCAGGGUCAGGAAGGGGACAGCCAAGGUGGGCGCCGUGUGGUUGAGGACCAAGCCGACCUGGAUGAACGGGCAGAAUGGGAAAAGGAACAGAAAAGAUUGGCAGAGCUUAAGCUGCGCUCACUUCCUGUCCAACGGAAUCUUCCACGACCUUUUGAUGUCAACACAAACAUCAUGAGACCAUCAGGGCCUAAUGACCCACCCCUUACAGAGCUUCAGAAGGCUGAAGAGCUCAUCAAACAGGAAGUACUUAUUAUGCUUCACCAUGAUGCAGUGUUUUGCCCGACAGAGGCUCAGUCUAGCACAGGAACUGGCAAAAGUGGCGCACCACAAAAAGCAAGUCAAGCAGCACACUUGGCUUACUUGGACAAAAAUCCCUACACAGAAAUAGACCCUAAAGACAUGGAGGCGGCACAUGAGAUGUUGCAGAAAGAAAUGCAAGUAGUUAAAGAAGGAAUGGGCCAUGGUGAUCUCUCCCAGGAAGCCUUCGCUCAGGUUUGGGAGGAAUGCUACUCACAGGUUCUGUUUUUACCUGGACAAAAUAGAUACACAAGAGCCAAUCUGGCAAGUAAGAAAGAGAGGAUUGAGUCAUUAGAGAAAAGGCUGGAGACAAACAGAAACCACAUGACCAAAGAUGCUAAGGUGGCAGCCAAGUUGGAGAAAAAGUUAAAGAUUCUCUUAGGGGGCUAUCAGUCUAGGGCUCAGGGUCUCGUAAAACAAAUUCAGGAUCUCACAGAACAGAUAGAGAGUACUAGAAUAGAACUGGGUACAUUUGAACAUCUGAGACAGCACGAAAUGGGAGCCAUUCCAAAACGAUUAGAGUCUUUGACAGAAGAUGUCCAGAGACAGACAGACAGAGAAAGGGAGCUUCAGAAACGUUUCAGCCAACUCCAACAUCAAAGGGACAUCUUGUACAAUCAAGACAACUGAGACACACAUUCAAGACACAUCAUCACUCAAGACACAUCAUCCCAUGUAUUUAUGUAUGCAAUGUUUUUCAUGAAUGCCAGAUUGGGAACACUUCAUGCAGAUUGUGAGACUGAAAAACUGUUGUUUUUUUUAUUAAGUAGUUUUGAGGUUAUCUUUUUCAUCUUCAUGAUACAAUUUAUUUUCACUGUUUUUAUUGCUAUUCAAUCAAGAAAUGCUUAUGUGAUGGGAUGGGGGCAGAUUGAGAAAGAAAAUAUUUUGGUUUUACAUACAGGUAAGGGAAAUAAUAAUACACUUAAAACAUUUCCACCAGCAUACAUUUCAAUAUAUAUUUCAAUAGUAUUCUUGUUAGUGAAUUCAGGAAACGGAUUUAAAAGCAAAACAAAGAAUACAGAUUAAACAGCAUAAUUUUAAUUGCCACGAGUCCCAUUUUGUUUUUCCAUAAAAAUUUAUUUUUUUGUUUGGGAUAUUAGAGUUUACCUCCCUGACACUGUUUGAGCUCAAUACUGUAGUUCAGGCCUAAAUAUUUUUGGUGGAGACUCACUGUCUGAGAUAAUGUCAAACGUUUUGUGUUGGUUCUUGUCAUAAGUGUCUGAUGCUGUGCCAUUAACAACUUCUGUGUCUGGAUUCAUGCCCCACUGUAGUUCUCAUGUUUCUGUUGAUUGUAGCUGGUGCAAAAGAGAUCACUAGACCUACUCUGUGUGUGACUAUUGUCAAUGUGUUGGAUUAUUGUGUCAAAAUGGAAUCAUUUGUUGAUUUUAAACAUUUUUUAAUGUAUUUUGAAAUAAAAUAAUUGCACUGUU